AUGAAUCAGCCCACUAGUGGUUCCUCGUCUGCCGGAACAAAAGUUGGUUCCCAACAAAUGACUGCUUCUGCCGCUGAAGUCUCUGCCCUGCCUGCCAGUUCCCUUGCCGCUGGAACAUCAUCGACUCCCACUGCCGCUGGAGUGCCUCCACCAAACGUAAGUACCAGUGUCGCCUAUUCAACCCAACCAUCUAAAGUUGCUCCUUCUAUUGCCGAGGUGCCUGCAAGUUCCAUCGUUGCCGGAACGACGUGUACCGUAGCCACCACAGUUGCCUCCAGUGUUCAACCUAACCAACAAAACUUUUUGAGCUCUGCUGUUCAGCCGCCGUUGCCCCAGUCGAGCUACAACAACAAUUUAGAAGUUCUCCAAAGCCAGAUAAAUGUUCUCCAGGCCCAGUUGUUAAAUGCCCAGCGUGCUUUGUCCAUCGCCAUGAACAAUAAUUCGACGUCAAACUCUUCAGCCGCCAUGCCACAGCCAUCCAAUAUGGCGCCGCCAGUAACGGGUACCAGUGAAGCCAACGUUGACAAUUCUGCCUCAGCCAACGUCGACUGCGCUGAACGUCGGACGCCAUUUUCUUCCGUAUGCUGCUUUGAAGGGCGAUGCACGGGAAUGUGUGAAGUCGUUGCUGAUCCAUCCAGAUAA